UGAUAUGAUAGAGAAUGAUCUUGAAAAUAUGAUAAUGUAAUGCAUGCUUUUAUUCUAGUAUGUUAAACAAUGAUAGUACAAUACCAAUAAGUACUUAAUAAUAUGUUUUACUUCCAAAAUGUAAACAUGAAAUUAUUACCAGAAAGAAUAACUAACAUUAUAUAAAGACAUAUUUAUCUUAGGGAAUAAACCCUAAAAAUAUAAUUCCAACCAAUCUUGAAGAUGGAAUUUGGGUUGGUCUUCCAAAUCAAACCCAAAAUUAAUUUACUAAGUCAAUACUUAAGGAUGCCACAAAAUAUACUGAACAGUUAAAUUAAACCAAUAACAAAUAUUCUGAAUAUACUUAAAUGAAUAGUAUGAUAAAAUCGAGUAACACAUCAAGAAACGGUCCAAAAAGAGUGACUUUCGAGAAUUCAGAAAUAUUACCUGAAAAAUAUUAAUAACCUAAAAAAUGAUUUGUAG